UGGCAGCCCUAGGCGAUGGGUUUUGCAGAGCAAAUGUGUUGGCUACCAAUACCAACCGCUGGCGGAAUUUCGCCCCCAUUCGUCCCGCGCGCCUUUGCCCAGGCUAUUUCGGCCCAUCCCGGGUGCCGUAGCGAGGCUGCGCUCAGCUGCUGGGGGGCGGGGCUGCAGCUGACCAUGGCGGGCGAGCUUGAGGGUUCCAAACCUCUGAGCGGGUUGCUGAGCGGCCUGGCCCAGGAAGCUUUCCACGGGCAUCAAGGCAUCACAGAAGAGCUGCUGCGGAGCCAGCUCUAUCCAGACGUGUCACUGGAGGAGUUCCGCCCCUUUCUGGCUAAGAUGAGAGGGAUUCUUAAGUCAAUUGCAUCUGCAGACAUGGAUUUCAACCAGUUGGAGGCAUUCUUGACUGCUCAAACCAAAAAGCAAGGUGGGAUCACAUGUGACCAAGCUGCUGUCAUUUCCAAAUUCUGGAAGAGCCAUAAGACAAAAAUUCGAGAGAGCCUCAUGAACCAGAGCCGUUGGGACAGUGGGCUUCGAGGUCUGAGUUGGAGAGUUGAUGGCAAAUCGCAGUCAAGGCAUUCAGCUCAAAUACAUACCCCUGUUGCCAUAAUGGAGCUGGAAAUAGGAAAAAGUGGACAGGAAUCUGAAUUUCUGUGUUUGGAAUUUGAUGAAGUCAAGGUCAAUCAAGUCCUAAAGAAGCUGUCAGAGGUAGAAGAAACUAUCAGCACACUGAUGCAGCCAGCCUAGCUGAAGAUGGAGUUGUUGAAGCAAAGGUGUUCAUGAUCCCUCCCCAGUGAGCUGGGGUGUUUUGUUGUUGUUUUGUCGUUGUUUUUUAAAAUCUUAUUCCCCCAUUAGUAUUAAAUCCUCAAAUUCAAAUCUU